AAAAAAAAAAACCGAAAAACAGAAAAAGAAAAGAAAAAGUUGCGUUGUAAAGGAAGCAGACAGGCAUGAUUGCGUAACUAACAAAACAACAACAGAAGUAAACGUCAAUCAAAAAAUUAAAAGAAAAGGAAUAAAAUUAAAAUAUUGUUUUAUGGCGUUACCUGCUUCAACUCCUUCAAAACAAGAGUACAAGGACGGUUCAGCUCAACGAUCAAACCCUCAACCUGAAGAAAUGGCUCGUUCAUCCUCCACCAGAGAUCCUCCUCCUACUCCUUCCUGGUUCACUCCCAAACGGUUAUUGAUUAUAUUUUGUGUGAUUAACAUGAUAAAUUAUGUGGAUCGAGGAGCAAUAGCGAGUAAUGGUGUUAAUGGGAGUAUUAGGACUUGUGAUGACAAGGGAAUUUGCACAUCCGGUAGUGGAAUUCAGGGGGAAUUUGACCUGACUAAUUUUCAAGAUGGUCUCUUAUCAUCUGCAUUCAUGGUUGGACUUCUUGUGGCAUCCCCGAUAUUUGCUUCCUUAGCAAAGAGCCACAAUCCUUUUAGGCUUAUUGGAGUGGGAUUAUCUGUUUGGACCUUGGCUGCAGCUGGAUGUGGUAGUGCAUUUUCCUUUUGGUUUAUCGCAAUAUGCCGCAUGCUGGUUGGUGUUGGAGAAGCUUCUUUCAUAAGUCUUGCAGCUCCAUUUAUUGAUGAUAAUGCUCCUAUUUCUCAGAAAACAGCCUGGCUUGCAAUGUUUUAUAUGUGCAUACCUACUGGAGUUGCUCUUGGAUAUGUUUAUGGUGGAUUUGUUGGGGGGCAUUUUCACUGGCGCUAUGCUUUUUGGGGAGAGGCAUUGUUGAUGCUUCCAUUCGCUGUUUUGGGCUUUGUGGUGAAACCCUUGCAGUUGAAAGGUUUUUCUCCUGUCGAAUCAAAAAAAGCAUUGACAUCUGUGGAGACAGUUUCUGCUAUAACUGACGAUUCAGAGGCAUCAAAACUAAAUGGCCAUAUUUUAGUUGGAGGUGACGGUAUCAGUGCUGAUGAAUUGAAUAAAACUUCCAAGUCAGUAGGCAUACGCAACAUUUUGAAUCAGUUUUCUCGUUUUGCAAGAGACAUGAAAGUGCUUUUGGUGGACAAAGUUUAUGUUGUAAAUGUUUUUGGUUACAUAGCAUACAACUUUGUCAUUGGAGCAUACUCAUAUUGGGGGCCAAAGGCUGGUUAUAAUAUUUAUCAUAUGAAAAGUGCAGAUAUGAUGUUUGGAGGGAUUACAAUUGUUUGUGGGAUUUUGGGAACAUUAUCUGGUGGUUUCAUCCUAGAUCGCAUGAGUGCUACAAUAUCUAAUGCUUUUAUUCUUCUUUCAGGUGCAACAUUUCUGGGUGCAAUAUUUUGCUUUGUUGCUUUCUGUGUCAGGAGCUUGUAUGGUUUCAUUGUUCUUUUCGCAGUGGGUGAAUUACUUGUUUUUGCAACACAGGCUCCAGUCAAUUAUGUGUGUCUCCAUUGUGUCAAACCAAGUUUGAGACCAUUGUCUAUGGCCAUCUCUACCGUCUCAAUUCAUAUCUUUGGUGAUGUGCCUUCCUCACCACUUGUUGGGGUUCUCCAGGAUAAUAUUAACAAUUGGAGGGAAACUGCACUUAUUCUGACUUCUAUUUUCUUUCUUGCUGCUGGAAUAUGGUUUAUAGGUGUUUUCCUACAUAGCGUUGACAAGUCUAAUGAUGAAAGUGAAAGUCAAGUCUCUGCACCCACAAUGGCCAAUAGGAAGCCAUUGCUUGAUGGAAACGGGGAUGAGAGUUUUUGUGAAGUUUAAGUUCCAGACCUACAUGCUAAAAAAACUUGCAUGCUCCCAAAUGUAAAUAAAAUUUUUAGUUCUAUUGCCACUGUUUUUCCUAGUUAUAGAAGUUUGCAAAUUUAUUCAAGUUACUUUUCUUGAGGCAGUCUCUGCUUCAGUUGUAGGAGCUAAAAUACAGCAAUUUGGUGGCAUUCCUUUAACUAUUGCCCCAGUCGUCAUCUAAAUCGGCGAAUAGUCAGAUUGCUUGUAAAGAACAAGUGGAAUCCGAGAAGGAAGGAGGAGAAAGAGAAGACGUGAUAUUGAAGGUAUUUUGCUGUUUUAUUUAGAAGAAUGUUAUUAUUAUUAUUUUUUCUUUUGGUUUGAAUUUAAUCAUUUGUAGAUAUCUCAGCUAAUUUCCUAGCUGCAUACGUACUAAUGAUAAAUGUUUAAUAUGAAAUUUGAGCAGAUGCAACAUCAAAUUAUACAUAAUUUUAAUAAA